GGAGAAAGAGGGAAAACACAUAAGUAUAAGCGAACGGCAUGUAGCAACCGUGGAAUCCCCGCCGCACACGCGCACGCACACACACACACAAACUCUCCCCCCCCCUCACGCGCUCAUUCUCUCCGCCCUGUAGCUCACUUUACGUAUGAAGUUCAUUCGAUCAAACGGUGUUUCGUGUCUCCCGGGUCACAGUUUUGGUGUAUUGUGGAAUAUAGCGUAUUAUUCAAAAUGUUACGGAAGCUCUUUGGUGAUGAUACAAACUCUCUCUUCAGUGGCAGGAGACAUACAAGGCUAGAGGAGGACCACCCAGCAGGCCAGAGUGCCGCUCCUCAAGCCGACGACAGCUGUUGCCAGAACCCGAGGACUCUUGCCAUAGUAGGGGGCGUGUCUCUGAUGGUCAAGGCUAUUCUAGGCUUAUCUCUCGCUAUCUACAUGCUGCAUCUAAGGCAACAAAAUGCAUGGGUUGGGGUUGUGUUUAGCGGCCUAACCUUGGUCGCCAUUACACCUAUACUCUUCUGGGGGAUACACUUCGAAAAGCGAGGCUUCCUGGCCGUGUGGCUCCUGUGGAACUUGUCCGAAAUCACCAUUAACAUCUGCGUCCUCGUGGUGCUGGUUCACAAAUUCACCCCCAUCCCCACCCCACUCGUUAUCGGGAUCUUUGCCAACGUCACGUGGACCUCUCUUGCGUCCCGUCCCGUCUACGUGUAUAGGAGAGUGCUGAAGGCCUUAGACCCAUCUAUAGAAAGCGAACCUCAUUUCUGAUGAAAACAAACGAGUAUCGCUUUGCGCUUCUUAAAGGCAGUGCUUCAGAUUGAAGCAGGAAGAAGAGGGGAGAAGAAGAUUAAGAGGAGGAGGCAGAAGAUAAAAGGAAUGAGGAUGAAUAGGAGAAAUAACCUAAAGAUAAGAAAGAAGAAGACGAGGAGAAGGUGGAGGAAAAUAAAAGGAAGUGGAAAAGGAGAAGAAGAAAGAUUAAGUGUAAGAAAAAAGACAACAAAAACGGGAACAAAAUGUUAGAGGAAACUCACACGCUUCAUAUUUGCCCGUCCUCUUAGAUUUUAUAUUCUCUCUCUCUCUCUUCUCCUCUCUCUCUCCUCUCUCUCUCUCUCUCUCUCUCUCUCUC